UCUCUCGCGCGGCCCUCGCGAAAAUUUUCGUGGGUCCCUCGAGGAGAUGCGUCGGACGGCGGCCCCGUGCGUUCGGUCCACCGUUGAACGUGCCGCGUGUCGUCUCGCGGAUUAUCGUCGCUGUGGCCCUCGCGUCAAGCCCGCGGCGCCAACGAUAUCCUUUUCGCGCCGCGUGCCGGCUUUCGUCGAAAGAGCGAGAGAGAGACAGCGCGAGAAGUCGAGAGAGGGAGCGAGGAGUGUGGCGCGACGAGCUCCUCCAUGUAACCCGCCGUAACCACGUGCUUGAAUAAUCCCGUCGACCGUUACGACCGGAUCGGCACCGCGCAGCGCGCGAUAAGGCGUCGAGAAUAUUCCAUCGUCACGUCCGAACGGAGGCAUGCCGGAAUGAUGACGGAGUUCGUGGACGGCUGGUUCCUGGGGCACACCCUGGGCGAGGGUGCCUACGGCGAGGUUAAACUAGUUGUGAAUAAAUCUACAGGCGAAGCCGUUGCUAUGAAAAUGGUUGACAUAGAGAAACAUCCGGACGCGAGGCAGACGGUCCGCAAGGAAACCACUAUUCAUCGCAUACUGUCGAAUCCUAAUAUUGUACAAUAUUUCGGGCAACGCAGCGAGCCCAACAUGGAAUAUAUAUUUCUGGAAUACGCCUCGGGCGGAGAGCUGUUUGACAGAAUCGAACCUGAUAUCGGUAUGCCGAUGUGGGGUGCCCAAAAGCAUUUCAGACAAUUGAUCUCCGGAGUGGAGUAUCUGCAUAGUCGUGGGGUCGCGCACCGAGAUCUCAAGCCGGAGAAUUUGCUCCUCGAUAACAAUGACAAUUUAAAGAUAAGUGACUUCGGCCUAGCAACCAUGUACCGGAUCCAAGGUAAAGAGCGUCUCUUGGAAAAGAAGUGCGGAACGUUGCCUUACGUGGCGCCAGAGGUGCUGGUGAGGGCGUAUCACGCGGAACCUGCGGACAUAUGGUCCUGUGGAAUUAUUCUCGUGGCUUUGUUGGCUGGAGAACUGCCAUGGGACCAACCCCUGGCAGAGUGUCCCGAAUAUGUCGCGUGGAAAGCUGGGACAUAUAUGUCUCUUACGCCAUGGAAGAAACUGGACAAUUCAUCAUUGUCGUUGAUAAGAAAGAUUCUCGUCGACUCGUCAUCAGCGAGAUACAAAAUGUCGGACAUUAAACGACAUAGGUGGUUUGCCACAAGUUUCAGCAAAGAUCAAGUGGACGGACGGAAUCACUUGAAUCAGGUAGAGGAUGAAAGUCUAAGAAAUGUCUGCUUGUCCCAGCCCGAAUUUCCUGGGAUGGAAAAUAACGAUACGAUUCAAUUCAAUUUGGACAGACGUCCAACGUUUUCAUUCUCCCAACCUGCUCACGUGGAAGAUCUUUUAUUAGGUACACAGUUACAGGCGUUUACGCAACCCAGUCAGCAAAGUUCCUUUCAAAGAUUAGUUCGUCGAAUGACGAGAUUCUUUGUUAAAAUAGAAUGCGAGGAAAUAGCGAAGAGGCUAAUAAGAUAUUGCGAGAGAGAGAAAUACGUCUAUCGCGUUAAUGAAUCUGGGGUGGUGACGAUAUUGACCGUAGACCGACGUAAAAUGUCUCUGGUCUUUAAAGUAAACUUCAUAGAAAUGGACGGAAACAUAUUGGUCGAUUUUCGUUUGUCCAAAGGUUGCGGUUUAGAAUUUAAGAGAGCGUUUAUCAAAAUCAGAUGCACGAUGGAAGACGUCAUUCUGAAAAGCUCCGCGGUAUAUGUAAGGAAUAUGUAAUUUGUAUUUUUGUACAUGUAAUUUGUAAUAUUUUAUAUUUUUGUAAUU